CGUCUAUGAAAAAAAGUCUCUAGAGUUGCAAGUCAACUAGCAAGGGCCUCUGUGUAAUCUUUUUUCCAAACAAACUAGAAACAGUUUUUUUCCGGCCAUGGCUGGAUCUUCCUCACCCGAAGAAAUGCCACCACAACAUCAAGUGUUCAUUCAUUUCCGUGGCCGGGAUUUGCGUUAUGGAUUCGUGAGCCAUCUUGAGAAGAUCUUGAAAGAUCAUAAAAUUGAGGUCUUUGUCGACAGCGGUGAAGACAGAGGCGAACACCUAGAAAAUCUAUUGACGAGGAUAGAGGAAUCGCGAAUCGCUCUGGCUAUCUUCUCUGAGAAUUACACCGAAUCAGAAUGGUGCUUGAGAGAGCUAGCGAAGAUCAAGGAUUGUGUGGAUCAAAAAAGACUCGUGGCUAUUCCCAUCUACUACAAAGUGGAUCGAUACUCCGUGAAAUACUUGACGGAAAAGUUUGGUGAUGCAUUCAGGGAGCUGGCCAAGGAUGAUCUGAGGAAGAAAGAGUGGAAACAAGCUCUGCAGUCAAUUGUCAACAGAAUCGGCUUCAUGGUGGACGAGAAAAGCAACGAGAACGAAAUUCUCAACGAAAUCGUCAAGGCGGUUAAGUUUGUGCUGAACAGAAUUCCAUCGGAGGGAAGCCAAAAGGCUUAUGCGGAUCCAUCAGAAAAUAACGACACUCAAACUUCCUCAGGAGGCGAAAAGGAUAAGACUUUUGGAAUCAAACAAAGACUGAGUGAAUUGAAAGAGAAGUUGGAACUCAAUAAACUUAGAAGUCAGCUAGGAAUUAUAAUAGGUUGUCUUUUGCUUCUCUUUUUUGUUCUGCAACAAAUUGCUUAUAUGAGCACACGUUUAAUUGGUGAGGGCGUUGCCAUCGACAGAAUUGCGGUGAAUUUACAAAAAAUGCCGGAGUACAUUCCUGCAGAUGGAACAGAGAAUCCAAGAGACACAUAUACUGAAAUUCGUACUGAUAAAUAUGAAGCAAAGCCUGAGAGAUCUUCUUCUGCCGCUAGAUUGAAUGCCGAUUUCCUUGACAGAACUUUCACCAACUCGCGAAUGGACGGUAAAUUCAAGCCACCGAAUAUUCAAGUUUUCAUCAAUUUCCGCGGAGAUCAGUUGCGCAACAAUUUCGUCGGAUAUCUCAGGCAUGCACUUCGGAUUAGUAAGAUCAACGUGUUCAUAGACAAUGAGGAGCAAAGAGGUGAAGACCUCAACACUCUUUUCAAGAGGAUCGAAGAAUCUCAGAUUGCCAUAGUUGUGUUUUCGAGUAGGUACACAGAAUCAAAAUGGUGCUUGGAUGAGCUUGUUAAGAUUAAAGAACGUGUGGACCAAGGCCUUCUCAAGGUGCUUCCUAUCUUCUACAAGGUGACUCCAACCAAUGUGAAAAGACUUAAGGGAGAGUUUGGUGACCAUUUCAGAGAUAUAGAAUACAUGUACAAGUCUGACGAACCUAUGAUAAAGCAAUGGAAAGAGGCGAUCGUGUUUGUCUCCCAUAAGUUUGCCCUGACUUUGGAUGAAAAAAGUAGCGUAUUGGAGAUUGAUUUCGUUGAAACUGUCGUCAAGGAGGUCUUGAAAAUGCUACAAGCCAUAUGCAAAGGGGAAAGCGGUCAAUCCUCUUUUUGUGUGGAGAAAGCCUGAAGCUCAAUUUUGAUGGUAAAGAAUCACACAUGAAGAGCACCAAAACGUUGGUUUAUGUACUUAAGCAGAGUAAUUUAUUAUCAUUAAAUUAUUGAGUUAAGGAUUCUGGUUAUGUCUCAUUGAAAAAAAAUGUUUCUUUAUAAGUAAAAACUUGAGAGCUCCUGAAAUUGUUUCUUUGUCAUUUUACCAAAAGUACUAUGAUCAUUGAUUCUUUGAAUGAUAUUGGGGUUAGCUUCGUUUUGAAA